CUUUCAACUCUGUGUCGUCUACGUACUUCGUGAGGUAUCUUCAGAGCUGCGAGUCCAGGAGAGACGAGUAGGCGUUGUUAUUGAAUCCAAUACUCCUAGAGGUGCCACCGAUAUACGGUAGACUGGGUGCGUUUUAGGGUUCCGUGGAGUGGAGGUGGGGGAAAGCAGGCUCGAACGAGUCAGGAUGAGGGUGUCACGGGCGAGAAUCGCCGUCCGCCGUCGAUUUAAUACCUGGGGAAUUGUCCCCGUUUUUGUUUGCCUCGUUGCAUCGGAAGCGCUGCUCCUGGCCUCAGCCCACAGCGGCGGCGCUGUUGCCGACGACGGCGCGUAUGGAUCGCUAUUCGCCACGGCCAACAUCCCACGGCGCUUCCUAGGUAGCACCGGCGAUGGCGGCCCGCUGGCGAGCGUGCCGGUGCUGGCGGCGCUAGUCGCGGUCGCGGUGUUCCUGGUGAUCGCGGCGCUCAUCAUCGCGCGGAGCGUGUGCGCGCCGCGGAAGGCGGAGAGCGCGGAGAAGCGAAAGGCGCAGAAGCUCGUGCUGCUGCCGGUGCUGCAAGCCACGUCCGACUUCAACGCCGCGCUCAAGGUGGGGUCGGGCGACUUCGGCGAGGCGUACGCGUGCGUGGGGCCGAGCGGCGAGGACUGGCUGGUGGUGCGGGGCACGUCGUCCGCUGAGAACGGCCGCGCGUUCAGACGCGAGUUGGAGCGCCUGAGCGACGUCGCCCACCCGGCCAUCUCCCAACUACUAGGCUGGUGCGACGACCGGCGCGAGCGGCUGCUCAUCUACGGCAUGCGCGAGGGCGUCACUCUGGCGGAGCGGCUGCGCCUGCAGCGCGAGGAGAGCGCGGAGGAGGGCGCGGAGUUCGGGCGCGCGCUGACGUUCCUGGAGCGCCUGGACGCGGCGAUUGCCGUGGCGGGCGCGCUGGCGUUCAUGCACCACGAGUGCCAGCCGCCGCUGCUGCACCGCGAAGUCUGCUCCUCCAACGUGCUGCUCCUGCCAGGGUCCCCUGCGGCCAUGCUCACCAGCGUCGGGCUCAUCAAGGGCCUCCCCUUGGCCCCCACGGCGCGGCGUGUGCGCAACAGCGCGGGGUACCUGGACCCCGACUACUUCCACAACCUGCGUGCCACGGCCGCCACCGACGUCUACUCCUUCGGCGUGGUGCUGCUGGAGCUGCUCACCGGGCAGCUCGCCGAGUCCGAAGACUCCAAAAAGAAGACCCGCAAGUCGUACAUCAACAUCCAGUGGGCGGUGCGCCAUAUCAACGCCGCGGACGUAACGGCGGUGGUGGACCCCCGGAUGGACCACGGAGUUCCCGAGGCCGCCCUCAAGCGGUUUGCGUCAGUGGCGGUGCUGUGCGUGGCGCGGCACUCGCGCAAGCGCCCGGACUCGGCGUCCGUGCUCCGGUUCCUCAGCGAGAUCCGCGCAGACCUGUCCCCGUCCUUCCUCUCCUCCGCUGCUGCCGCCGCUGCGUCUUCCAUCUCCCGCUCCGCCUCGACCUCUCCCUCCCCUUCUGCUCCUGGCAUCUUGGGCGUCUCUGCGCUCUCUGCUGCUUCUGGUGCUGCCUCCAUGUCAGGGCCCGUCCGCGGAAAGCCGGUCUCGAUAGUGGAUAUAGGCGGGGAUGACUACGCGGACGAGUCUCGCCUAGAAGUGGCACCUCUAUACGAGUCCCAGUUUACAUACUAUGACUUGGUGGCGGCGACCAAGGGGUUCAGCAAGGGGAGGUGGAUGCGGAGUAGCUACCUGGGGGAGGUGUAUCAGGGGACGCUGGGGGCGGGCGUGGACGUGAUGGUGGUGCGGCAGACAGGGGGCGGCGAGGCGUGGGUGAACCAGACGGUGGCUGGCGCCAAGGCUCUGGCGAAGGUGCACCACCCGGACCUGGUGACGAUGCUGGGGAGCAGCAUCGGGCCCGACUACUGCUUGCUCGUGUUCAACUACAUCCCCUUCCCCUCGCUCUCGCACCUCCUGCACACCGACGACGAGGCGGUGCCCGUGCUGCCCUGGGAGGUGCGAGUGCGCGUGGUGGAGGGCGUGGCGGAGGGGCUGCUGCACCUGCACUCGUUCUGCCACCCGCCCAUCGUGCACGGCCGCGUGUGCACGCGCACUGUGCUAAUGGACCGCCACGUGUCGCCCAAGCUCUGUGACUUUGGCAUGCCGCACUUCAGCCUGCAGAAUGCUGCUGCUGCUGCUGCUGCUGUUGCUGGGAGGAAUGGGAGCGGGGGCAGCCCGCCAUCAGACGGGAGCAAGUCAGCAGAUGACAAGUACCUUAAUGCCUACACUGCCCCUGAGCUCCUCUCCUCCUCCCCCACCAAGCAACGCAGCCCCUUCGCCUCCUCCUCCCCUGCCGCCUCCGCUACAUCUGCCGCUACAGCCGCCGCUGCUGCAGACGGCAAGGGCAGUUGGAGCACGGAGGCUGCAGACGUGUUUGCGUACGGUGUGGUGCUGUUUGAGGUGAUCUCGGGGCAGCAGGCUCACGACCCUCGGCGCCUGCCAGCCUCACUUGUCGACUGGGCGCGGCAGAAGCUGUGGGUGGGGCGGGACAACCUGGCAGCACUGGUGGACCCGCGACUCGCAGACGAGUUCGACCCACAAGAGGUGGAGGGGCUGGCAGAGCUGGCUCUACGGUGCACACAGUCAAACCCGGCCAAGAGACCCACCAUGGAGCAGGUGGUGGAGACGCUAGGUUCCCUCAUGCCAUAGCAUGUACCAGUAUGUAUUGUAUGUGGUGGGUGCACAUUGUUGUAUUGUGUCGUGGCGAUGGUGACAUAUUACGGUAUCUAUAUGGGGCCUUGGGAGUCCCCUCAAUAAAACCCGCAAUCGAGUUGAGUUGUGCAUGUUAUUGUAUUCUUAUUCAAUAAUGGGGAUGUUGGAUGCUUGUGAGUGUUUGAUUUUGGCACUUCAUAAUGCUGCAAGCUGUACACAAGUUUGUAUCGAUAAAAUCGAGGGAAUCUG